UACUGUGAAGCAGGAAGAUGUGCGGCUGAGUGUAUUGCAACUACUAAGCAGACACCGUGUGGUAUUUGGAGAUUAUGCCUGGAUGGAAUUUGAUGAUGAAUUUCUAACAAAACAUGUAAGCUCUGUAUGCAUUGUGGACACGGAUCUUACAUUUAAGGACAGACAGCCUAUUGACCUGACAAAAUCCAGCAUUUCAAUUUAUAUAUUUCGUCUAAAUGAAGAAGGCCCAAGCUCUGAUGCUUUGGAGGGGGAAGAGGAGAACAUGCCAGCCUCAAAUAACUGGCUUCUACCUGCUGGUGAGUUCCAUGGACUCUGGGAGAGCUUGAUAUAUGAUAGUGAGGUUAAAUCACAAUUACUUGACUACGUCUCAACUACUUUACUGUUUUCCGACAGAAGUGUUGAUAGCAAUUUGAUUACCUGGAAUCGAGUGGUGCUACUUCAUGGACCCCCAGGAACUGGUAAAACAUCUUUAUGUAAAGCACUAGCUCAAAAACUUACCAUUCGAUUUUCUCACCGGUACCGGUAUGGACAGCUAGUAGAAAUCAAUAGCCAUAGCCUCUUCUCCAAAUGGUUUUCUGAGAGUGGAAAACUUGUUACAAAAAUGUUUCAAACCAUUCGGGAUCUAAUUAUGGAUACAGAAUCUCUAGUAUUUGUUUUAAUUGACGAGGUCGAAAGUUUGACAGCAGCUAGGAAUGCUUCAAAGUCUGGAACAGAGCCAUCUGAUGCUAUUCGAGUAGUUAAUGCUGUAUUGACACAAAUAGACCAGAUCAAAAGAUUUCCCAAUGUUAUAAUUCUGACUACGUCAAACAUCACAGAAAAAAUAGACUUGGCUUUUGUGGACAGAGCAGAUAUCAAGCAGUAUGUUGGGCCACCAUCUGCUACAGCUAUUUUUAAGAUCUAUCUCUCCUGUCUGGAGGAACUAAUGAAGUGCCAAAUCAUCUACCCUAGGCAGCAACUGCUCACCUUGAGAGAAUUGCAGAUGAUCAGCUUCUUAGAAAAUGAUGUGUCCAGGCUAAGUUUAGCACUUAAAAAUAUUGCAGCGAAAAGUGAAGGACUGAGUGGACGAGUUUUGCGAAAGCUGCCUUUCCUAGCUCAUGCACUGUACAUUCAGGUAGGUUCCGCGACAAUGAAUCUGUAUGUCGACUUCACUGACUGACGUAGCUGACUUCAGAUUACUUUCAAAUGAUGGAUGCCCAAGGAGUGAUUUCAUUAGAUUAGUACUUCAUAAAAGCAAAACACUUUUGUUGCUGGAUGUAUAGAAUAGAAACGGAAGGUGAAAUGCUCAGCACAACAGUUAGCAUAUGAGUAGAGAGAUUGAGUCAGGUUUUUAAGUUUGGACAAAAUGUCAUCAACCUGAAUAUUAAUUCUGAUUCUCUUCACCAAGAUUGACCUAAGUAGCCUCUGCUUUUUCUGAUAUUCCUACUUUUUUUUUUUGACACUGAACUUGAAUUUGGUUGACUGGGAUGAGUGUGUUCAAAACCAUCAGAGACACUUCAUAGUUCACAAAUAAAUGUGAAAGGGCUGAGGGUAUGUUGGAGGUUUUGGUUUUUCCUUGUUCUUUACUUUUGGAGCCCAACUUAAAACAAGAAUAUUACUGUAGAAUUGUACCCAUCUGACCAGGUGAUUUACAGUGUACCUUAAUGCAAGAGUCUCAAAUCUAUCCACCUCUAUGGGUCCAGUUCCAUAGGUGCUCUGAUCAAUGGCAAGAAACUUCUAGUUCAGUAUAGCUCAGUGUCUGAGUUAUCCCAGCCCAGAAACUUGAGCACAUAAGCAGGCUGACAACUCCCAGUGCAGUACUGAAGGAGGGUUUUACUGAGAUAUUGAGCCUUUGAGCUGACACAAUAAACAGAUUCAAUAGCACUACUCAAUCAAAAGCACGAGUUGUCAGAGUCUUCUGGUCCUUGAUCAACAUUUUGGUGAACAGAUUAUCUUGUUAUUAUCAUAUUUCUGUGCUGAGAACUUGUUCAGAAAUUAGUAUCGUUUCAGUACAUUACAAUGGUUGGUGGUUACACUUCACAAAGUACUUGAUUGUGAAGUCCUUGGGAAAAUCCUGAAGUUGUAAGAGGUACUAUGUAAAUGAAAAAUCUGUCUUUAGCUUUGAAGCCUUUUUUGGUCUUGUGAUGGAUCUAUUUAU